UACAAUAGGCUGACCAGAUGGCAUGGCUCCGAUUGGAACCGAUACAAUAGGGGAGCCGACAACCGCAGCUCGAUCCCACGCGAAAGGAGACGGUAGAACCACAGCAUCGAGGUGAUACCGCUUGAUUACCCCCGGAGACCUCCUUCGUCAUCGUGUCAUGACCGUAAUAUGUUCCUUCUGCCCAUCAGCCCAAGCUCUCACAAUUAUCAAGACAAACCCGGCAAUAGGGACCAUUCCUCGCCAGCAAAUACUUCCCUCCGAGUCUGACAAAGAGCGAGUUUGGCAAAAUUGUCAACAUUACUUCCGAGUGGGCAUCCGUCGCAGGCAAGGACGGGUCUCUCUAAUCCCCAGAUUCGAUCUCAGGAGGCUGAUCCAAAUAAAGCCAACGAUUGCGGGACACAUCUCAGCUACCGCGUCCCCAAAUCAGCACUCAAUGCCCCCAGCGUCUCAAUUGCAAUCGAGCUCAGGGCGACCACGCAGGACCAUGCAGAAUAUUGCGGUGCUUUGCGUCGACCCUGGCGACGUCCCGACCAAACUCGGCCGACGGGCAGGAGAUAUCGAUCUGAGUGAUUCGGUGCGCGGCAUGUGUGCACAGAUUGAGGAGGCUACCAUCGAUGAUACCGGUCUGUUUGUGAACUGGAGGGGCCACAUAUGGCCCUAUUGAGGGUUCAGUUCUUUCACCGUCGGUCUCGGUACUAGCUGCUGUUGAAGCCAAAGCCAGAAGUAGUUAGUUACAUACAUCGACAGGUACAUCAACAAACAGCCAAAUUCAUCCUCUUCUUCUGCAUAGUUCCAACAUACGUAUGGAAUCGUUUGAGUCUGUCAGUCAGAUGUCAAUAAUGAAUUGAGUCUCAAGGAGGAUGAGUCAGGGAUAGCACACCUCCAUAGUGACAGCGCCCUCCAAGCUGGAGCAUUCCAGCGCAUCCCCCUGAUCAACAGCAGAUCGAUCGAA